CGACAAUCUGUAGAGAGAUAGACCGGUUCUACCCUCUAACAUGAUCUUUUCACUGUCCAUAGUUUGAUCCAGUCCUGCGAUACUCUUUAUUCCGCAUACAUCCCACCUCCCCCUUUCCGCUUCUGCCCUCAUACUUGCCGCCAUGGACGAAUCGCUCCUCUCCGACCCCGUUCCCCCCCUCUCCUCCGACCUGCGAAGCUUAAGCUCUUCCGGUCGCACCAAAACCACUCCCAUCGACCUGGAGACCAUGGCCAGCUCAACGCGCAGCAAUGGCCGCUCCUCUUCCAUCGACUCCAGCUCCGACAGGCCCAAAUCACAAUCCGGCGAUGCGGACUCCGCCAAGGCAGGCUCCAGCGGAUUCUCCAAGCUACUAGCCGCGCGUCGUAACAAGAAAAAGAAGAAAGACGCCCAAAAACAAGCAGACGAGCUGCCGACUCAGUACGAGCUGGACGACGAUGAGCACAUCCAGGAAAGCCGCUCAAACGAGUCGCGGGGCGCUAAUUCUCUCGCUUCGUCCUUGAUCAACGACCUGCCGCCUCCUCCAGACCACGACGCCAUUAAUCUCCUCACCGACGAUUCUGAGCCUGAUCGGACGCCACCGCUGACCUCUCACAACUCACAUAGUGGCUUCUACACCUCGUCCUCCCCCUUGAUCAAAACAACCUCCGUGGAAGCUGACGAAGGCGCUCAGGGAGACCGUGAAUCUAUAGUCAGUGGUCCGAGCGCUGGCCCCGAGUCCAUCCCUGACUCGGAACGCUCAAGGCCCACGAGCCAACACGGUCAUACCCUCAGCGUGCCAGCAGCCGGAAAGAAGAGAGGCAUCUCCCCCGGCCGACGCUUCAAGAAUGCCUUCACUUCGAACCACGAAAAAAAGCCUAGUCGAGACCGAACAAACUCAACAUCCGCCGCGAGCACAAAAAGCAGGAGUGGUAGCGCGUCGGCCAAGAAGGCACCGGUCAUCGUUGAAGAUGAGCCUGAGCCUGUUCCCAAAAUCCCCGCCCCGAUCAGGACAGACUUGAAGGAGCAUAAAUCGCUCUCCGCCCUGGAGGCGCCCGCUCCCAGAACGCCUCCACACACGGCAAUCCCGCAACCUGCAACCACGGUAACUCCGCCAACUCCCCGGACGGAGUUUCCUAAGCUUUUUGCUUCUCCCGAUGUGACAGCCUCGCCCGAUUCGAUACAGUCGAGGGAAGGGGUAGUGGUCAGCCCCUCCGGCAACAUGAUCUCCCACCGGCGCGUGCGGUCUGCCUCCGCUGCGAGUCAUAAACCGAGCAAGCUGUCGAACUCGGUGUCCGCCAUGGCUCCCACUUCGGAGGAGAACAAAGCAAGCAAACCUCCCCCAAGCGCUCAGCAGUCGAGCUUUUUCUCGUCGGUAUUUUCUGCUGCGCAGAAUGCCGCCUCGUCUCUCAGUAGCAGUCUCAAUGCACAGUCGAAGGGUCGCAGCGUCAGUCAAGCGAUGCCAGGAGAGUCCGACGGUCGCCCUGCCGAGAAGCAGGAAAAUGGGACUCAGCCGGAAACGCGGAAGUCAGAAGAGAAGAAACCGAUGGCUGUUGAUACCUUGGGAUCCGGCAACCUGGAUUUCAGCCACCUGGACAUCGCAAUUCCUCCUGGCGGAUCGGUCUCCACCCCAGAUGGGGUGGUUAUUACAAAGCCAGACCUGCCGGAUAAGCGCAAGGGCCCGGGCGUUCUGCAACGUGAUGAAGCAGCUGCCAGGUUGGAAGAUAGCCGCGCCGCUCGUGCCGUGACCAUGGCUUACGAGCAGCCGGCCGGCACGUCUCUCGCCCCGCCAAUGGACGAUGGCCUCGAUGGUCAAUCCAGUACCUCGCUCACCAGGGAAGGGACUGGGGAUCAGACGACGCCCAGCGGUAGUGUGGUCGAAGGUGAAUUGGGAGGCACCCGGCCGUAUCGGAGCGGCAGUAUUCGAAGCCGGAUGGUUCGUCGCAGAAACCGGGGCUCAUCUGGAGCUACCACCUCCACUAUCGGUGCUAUUGGUGCCAGUGCAAUAGCCUUAGGUGCCCCCGGGGCCAAUGCGAGUGUACCAAGGCUAACCGGGUUCGCCGUUGCCAGCAAAAAGCGUAACCGGGACUUUCACCAGCUGUUCCGCAGUGUUCCCGAGGAUGACUACUUGAUCGAGGAUUAUAGCUGCGCUCUGCAGCGCGAGAUUAUCUUGGCGGGUCGGAUUUAUAUUUCUGAAGGGCACAUCUGCUUUUCCAGCAAUAUCCUCGGCUGGGUGACUACACUGGUCAUCAGCUUCGAUGAGGUCGUGGCAAUCGAGAAGGAGUCGACUGCGAUGGUCUUUCCGAAUGCAAUUGCUAUCCAGACACUGCAUGCGCGACACACCUUCCGCAGUCUUCUUAGUCGAGAGUCCACAUAUGAUCUGAUGGUCAAUAUCUGGAAGAUCAAUCACCCCGCCCUCAAAAGCUCAGCGAAUGGGACGAGGGUCACCGACGGCACUGGAGACAAGACGGAGAAGGCUGCUGGAAGCGAUGUGGAAAGUGACGAAGAGGAUGAGAUCUAUGAUGAGGAUGAGGAAGGCGACAAUGCCGAUAGCAUCUUUGAAGGAGCCACCAGCGUUCACGGCAGCGAGAAGUCCGUUCCUGCGAAGACUAUUAGUCGCCAAGCCUCGGGUCUUCUCCCAGGGGCCAACAAUGGACAGUCAGCAUCGAACGGUGAGGCCAAAGGCAAGUCGACGCCUAGUGAUGGUGACUCGGACUUCCCUGGGCCAGCCAGCCACCCUCCGACUGAGUUCACCGAUCCAUCAGGCCAGUAUGACAAGGUGAUCAAGGAUGAAUUAAUUCCUGCUCCUCUAGGCAAAGUCUACUCCUACAUCUUUGGUCCAGCGUCAGGCGCAUUCAUACCCAAGUUCUUGGUCGAGAAUCAGAAGUCUGGCGAGCUCCAGUUUGAGGGAGGAAAUAAAGGUCUCACCAACGAGAGCAAAACCAGGAAGUAUUCGUAUAUCAAACCGCUCAAUGGAUCCAUUGGGCCCAAGCAGACCAAGUGUAUCAGCACAGAAACCUUGGAUUUCCUGGAUCUGGAGAAGGCGGUGCUGGUCACUUUGAGUACCCAGACACCGGAUGUUCCCAGUGGUAAUGUUUUCUGUACGAAGACCAAAUACUUGUUCACCUGGGCGGCAAACAACCAGACGCGGUUCCUGAUGACCUGUACUAUCGAGUGGUCCGGAAAGAGCUGGCUGAAAGGUCCUAUUGAGAAGGGUGCCAUUGAUGGCCAAACCACUUUCGGAACCGAACUUGUCAAUGCUCUCAAGGCUGCAGUUGCCCCUCGCGGUCGCGCUGGCGGUGCUAAAUCUGGCAAAGGCAAGGGCCGGCGCAAGAGGAGUGAGUCCGCUCAGGAAGACACUGCGGCAGAGGCCAAGGCAGCAGAGCAGGCCGCAGACAAAGCGAAGUCUUGGGGACCUCUGGAACCGCUGCAUGGGCUGCUUGGUCCUGUCUCAGACAUUGUCACGCCUUUGUUGGGCGGCAAUGUUACCAUUGUCAUCCUUGGCAUUUUAUUGCUUAUGCUCUUCUUCCGAGGGUCAUCCCCAUCCACGGCGUCGCACGAUAUCGGAUGUCCCGGGUACUCUCUGCCACAGCGUCUAGCUGCCUACGAGGAGAUGUGGCGCCGUGAGGAGAGUGAGCUCUGGAGCUGGCUCGAAGACCGGGUCGGCAUGGAUGGGCUUGCCUUUCCCACGGUUAGCCAGCCGGCCGGUUCACGGACGCAUCAUCUGUCGCGGAAGAUGCAAGGCGAACGCGCUCUUGCGAGCAAAUUGAGUGAAGAAAAGAUGUCCGAUCUGGAGAUGGACCAUGCGAUUCGAUCCACGCGCGAGCGGCUCGAUGCGCUGGAGAAGAUCCUUUCCACGCGACGAUCAGACGCAAAACCGGUGGAUGGAGAAUCGAUCCACCGCGAAUUGUAAAUAUGUUGGGUCCCCACAGACCGUACAUGCCUGCACCAGGACAGUUACUAUUGUUGACUAACCA